AUGGCAAGAUUUAGAGAAGUGCUGGAAGGGGGAGGUUUGUUUGAUCUAGGUUGGAGAGGGGAUAAAUUCACAUGGAACAAUAAGCAUGAGGAUGAGACCUUUACGAAAGAAAGGUUGGACAGAGCAGUGAUGAAUUCAGCUUGGAAAGAAAUUUUCAAGGAAGGGUGGGUGGAAAUUCUAGUAGAUAGAAGCUCUGAUUACAAACUUAUUAUGCUUACUUUGAACCAGCCAGCAAGUCAAGAAUGGAAGGUUAAAAGGAUGUUUACGUAUGAAGCAAAAUGGGCUCUCGAGGAGGAGUGUAAGGAGGUGAUCAAGAGGGUAUGGCUCAGGGGUCAAGCAGAUGAUGAGUCUGCUCAAAGUAUGAACUGUCUGCUGGAAAAUGUUAAGGAAGCUUUACUGCGAUGGAGUAAAAAGCUAGGUGGGGAUAAGGGGAAGUCUAUCAGAGAAAAAACAGAAAAACUGCUACUAUUAUAA